AACUCAUUGACGUGACUUUUGUUUGGAAUUUUAUAUUAACCAAAGUGACUUCGACUUUUCAAAGCGCCACAACUAAUUUUUUUUAAAUUAAAAACUUUUCAUUUAUUAAUAAUUUAUACAAAAUGGAUACAAUACCAGAAAGUGCACAAGAGAAUACAACAUCCAAAGUAUCAGAGUUGAAUAUGACUACUGUACUCGUUGCUGCGGUGCUGGGAUUCAUUGUAAUGGCAAUAAUACUAUUGUUGCGCAGAAGAUCGUUUGGCCGACGAGAUUUCAUUUUGACCGGUUUGAGUGAAUCUGGGAAGAGUGCUAUAUUUAUGCAAAUGAUGCACAAAAAAUUCCCAGAUACUUUCACUUCCAUCACAGAAAACGUGGGCGAAUACCGUUCCGGGCGUAUGUCUGGCCGUCUUGUAGAUAUACCUGGACAUUAUAGAGUGAGGGAUAAGUGUUUUGAUCAAUAUAAACGUACAGCUAAGGGCUUAAUAUUUGUAGUGGAUUCUGUAACAGUACAAAAAGAUGUCCGCGACGUGGCGGAUGCUUUAUACAGCGUACUUGCCGAUCCUGCCAUACAGUCUUGUCCCUUCUUAGUACUUUGCAAUAAACAAGAUCUGAGCACAGCAAAGGGCGCUCAAGUAAUCAAAAGUAUAUUGGAAAAAGAAAUGAACAUUGUACGGGUAACACGUGGUCGUAAAUUGCAGUCGGUAGGAGAGGAUAACAUGUCAAAACCAGUAUUUUUGGGUAAAGAAGGCAAGGACUUUGAAUUUUCACACAUUAACCAAAACGUACAAUUCUUCGAAUGCUCUGCAAAAGAUAAUCAAUUGAAUAAUUUAUCUGAUUGGAUAGACAGAAUGCUGUGAAAUAAGCGGAAAAUAAUGCAAUUUUUGAUAUUAUGGUAUAAUAAGAAAAUGAUCAACAUCUUUCAUAGACUUUGUCUGCAAAUGUUAGCUAUACUGUCUGAACGGAAGCAGGUUUGAAGAGGGUUUUAGUUAUGUUAUAUGUUCUGUUAUUUUGGAUGGUUAGCAUUGUGUUUUGAGUCCUUAUGGUAAAGCUUAUACAAAAUUUCCUUUUUUAUUCAAAUAAAUAAAAUAAAAUAAAUUAGAUAAAUUUUGUAAAUAUUAAAAGUAGCAAAGCGUUAAGUUUCGCUAAAAAGCGGCUAUGCUCACUUUUAAUUGCAACGAAAUGAAAUUUUCAAGUUAAAAUAA